AUGGAGUUCAAGGUCAUCCCCCUGACAGAGCGCACUCAUAAUCGCGCUUACGAAGCAAUCCUUCCAACGCGCCCUGAAUUGUCCCAGGCGGGUAAAACAAUCCUGAUCACCGGAGGCACCGCAGGCAUUGCCUAUGCUAUUGCGAGAAACUUUGGCAUCGCUGGUGCCGACAAGGUUAUUAUCACUGGAAGGUCCGAUGAAAAGAUCAAGUCUGCUGUCAAAGGUCUCUUCGAUGAGGUCAACGCCAUCGAUGCCAAGAGCCAGACAAAAUACCAGGGUCGUGUGUGUCAAAUUGCCGAAACUUCCAGUAUCGAUGCCCUCUUCGACGGUCUCAGGAAAGACAACAUCCACGUCGACGUCCUCGUGCUGAGUGCCGCUGUUAUUGGUCAGGGGAAGAUCAUAGACCAAACUUGGGAGGAUGUCUGGGAACAAUUCAUAGUCAACGUCCGAUCCAUCCACCAGUUCCGCGAUCUGUUUGAAAAGCAACCUAGGACUGGAGCUGGAACUCGCUACAUCAUAAACGUGUCCUCCUCGGCCAUUCACCACAGCACUGGUGGCCUUCCCCUAGCAUCCUACACUCUUACCAAGAACUCCGCAGCCCUGUUGCUGCAGAAGAUAGCAGACGAGACAGACCCAUCAAAGACGCAGAUUAUCAACUUUCACCCUGGCGCUAUCCUAGGUGCUCGAGGUCAGGAACUUGGUUUGACACCAGACUCAGCAAACUGGGAUCAUGUCUUAGAGGAUCUUCCAGGUUCUUUUGCCGUAUGGGCUGCUUCUCCCGAGGCCGCCUUCCUCCACGGUCGCUUUGUCUGGGCUGCUUGGGAUGUAGAGGAGCUAAAGAGUGGACCUUUGCGUGAGAAGCUUGAAAACGAUGAAACUUUCCUCAAGGUCACUGUAAAGGGUGUAUAGUUAUUAUACUUAGAAUAUAAGAAUGAGUAUUCUUUUGACCCCUCAGCCUUAUCAUCUUAUCACAGUAAAGACCAAUAAUCGAGGUAUAGCAUUUGUCUUGGACAGAGUACGGGAAGAGGGGAGAAGACUGGUAAGAACAGAAGGACGUUACUACCGGCAACUACACGUGCUAAUAUAUAGUCUAGUUUGUAC